AUGGCGAACAUGGCAGGGGGAAACGAAGAGGUUUACGAGGCUGUACUCAACAGCCACGAAUCGACUCCAGACAAGCGCUUAGGCAAGAAUGCUCGUAGGAAAAGACGCCGGCAACUUCGGCGUCUCCAAGGCAGCCAUGAAAGCUAUUCUGUGUACAUCACAAGGGUGCUCAAAGAGCUUCAUCCCGACAUUGGUAUCUCAGAAAAAGCCAUGAAGAUCCUGGACUCAUUCGUGCACGGUCUUUACGAACAACUGGCGGUUGAAGCCUCGCGUGUUGCAAGGAGUCACCGGCGAAAGUCACUCACUAGCAGAGAUAUAGAAACAAGUGUUCGUGUUUUGUUACCGGAAGGACUAGCAAGGCGGGCCAUGGACAAAGCAAAUCAGGCAGUUGCAAAUCUCUCUAAUUAA